AUGUAAAGAUUUAAAGAAUGGCUUAAACCUAUAAAGGAUUAUUUUUUGAAUAGUUUUUCAGAAACAUCUCAAUUAUUUCUUUCAAAUUUUUUAGGAGACUAUUUGGAAGACCCUUAAUAAUUAAAUAUAAUUACACUAAUUAAAGGUAUAGAUAAGUUGUAAUUAAAUAUAAAAUAUUUUAAUCAAUUAUUGGGAUGCAAUCCAUUUAAUUUCGAAGAUGCUUACAUAAGUAACAUAUUAAUGCUAUUUUUUAAGAAUCCAUAAAAAUAUCUAAUCUCAAAUUCGAAGCCGAAAAAAUAACAUUCAUUUUAGUAUUAAGAGAAAAGUCUGAAGAUGAACUAAAACAGUAUUUAUAGAAUCUAAUAGAACUUCGGUAGUAUGAAAGUGCUAAAAUAAACUAUCUUUAAAAAUUAAGGUAAGAAGUGUAUAAAAGAAAUCAGCUAGAAUAAAUUUAAGGUUAGCCUUAAACUGUUGGAGCAGGAUUAAUGUGCUUUUUAAGUCUGGCUGAUACUUUACUUAGUAAUCUUUCAAUUUCUAUAAAAAAUAUAUAAAUAUUAGUAAAACUUGAACAGGGAAUUUAAUAUGAAAUUCUAAUUAAUGGUAUUAAUUUAGAAUUGAACAAAGCUAAUACGAAGUAUUUAUUUUAUUUUAAUAUAAGUAAUAUACUAAACAUAACUACGAUUAUUGAUUUGAUAGAAUUAAAGAUAAAAAAUGAAAUAAUAGUACUUAUGGAGAAGGCUAUGAAACUUUAGAUGAUCGUAGAAACAAAAGACAAUAAUUAAGUUAAAUUAAAAAUAAAUUGUUUAGUUUCUUACCUUGAUUUAGUAUUAAACAAAAAAUAGAUAAAGACAAUUAUAAAAUCAUUCACUAGUUAUGGAUCGAAAUUAGAUCAAACAAAUAAGACCUUAAUUAUGCUUUAAAAUUAAGCUUAAGCUUCAGUUUUAGCUUAAAAAGAUAAAAGAAAUUUUUAACUUUUUGAAAUAAAAGACUUUGAAGUUUUAAAUAUUGAACUUUUGAAGUCUUAAGAAUUAAAUUCCUUUUCUAAUAAUUCGUCAUAAGAAAUUUUACAAAGCUUAUACUUAGAUGAAGAAGGAACAAAUUGUUCCUUAGAUUAAAACAUGAAAAAUUAAAAAGAAUAAUUUAAAUGCCAUUUUUAAGGAAUUAAACUUGCUGUAUGUGAAAACCCACAUUAUUUUCCUUUAGUCAGAGAUAAAUUCUUUUAAGAUCUUGAAUCUCAUUUUUUUAUCGAGAUUACUGAUAUAGUUACAGAAUAUAAUUAAAUGUGCUUUAGAUUAAAUAUAUAAAGAAUGGCAGCGUAUAGAAUCAAAUUGACCAGCCCUCCAUUUAAAUUUAAUCUUAGAUCAUCUAUUAAUUCAGCUCAAAAUUCUGAAAUAUUUUUUAGUUGUAAACCUAUAUAAAAAUAAGUAUUCCUUGUUACUCCUGUGGUUGUAAUAGGAUAACAUAAUAUGUAAAAUAUUGAAUGUGAUUUUUCAAUAUAUAAUUAUGAGAAUUCUCUUUAAUUACAAUCAGACAAUAAGAAUGCAAUUGAUUUAAAUAUUUCAGUAUUAAAGUGCAAAAAUAAAAAAUUAUUUUACUCAGUAAAAGCUGAAUUUUCUUAAAUUGUAGCUUCAUUCAGACAUGAAUCAAUAUUUAAUUUAAUGACAUAUCUACCAAAAAAUAAGAUACAACAAUUACCCUAACAAAAAAAAGAUUCUAUGUAUGGAUUUGAAAUAAAUGUCCCUGAAAUUAAAUUAAGUUACUUAAUAAACAAUUAAACACUCACUCUUAAAUCCAAAGGAAUUACAUUUAAAUAAAAGCCAACUAAAAUAAUCGAACUAAAAACAUGUAUUUUAGAACCUUUUGAAGAAAUUCAAUAUUUCGAUAAUCCUAUAAAAUUAAUAAUUAUUGUUUUUAAUUAAAUUGAAUUAAAAUUUUAAGAGGAAAAUUUACUUAGAAUAGAUUAAGGUAAUAUUAAUAACAAGAAUACAUGUCCAACAAUUUAUAUUGUUAUGAAAGAUAUAAAAUAAAUAAAAAAGGAUAGAUUUAAUGAAUUAGAAAACUUAUUUAAUUACAAAAAAUAAAAAUGUGACUUAAUAAUAAGUGGAUUAAUUCCAAAUUUAGAAUUAUAACUUUCCUAUAAUUUUCUUUAAUGGAUGAUAUCAUUAUAAGAAUAUUAAUAAAAAUUAAUAAGCUAAUAAACAUAGAAUCUAAAGAAAAAAUCAUAAAGACACUAUUACCAACUGAAAAUAAAUUAAGCCUGCAUUGGAAUAUAAGAUAAAUGUUUGAAUAAUUUAUUUUAUUUAGAACUUAAAACAGUAAAUAUAGUAAAAGUUAAAUCAAUUUUGAUUUUAAUACAAGAUAUCAUAGCUAUUGAUUCCUAAAGUCUAAUCCCUUAAAAUGGAGAGUAAAAGUAUAAAAAUUUUGAAUCUGCUUAAAUUAUUUUAUAUAGAAUGAAAAAUGAAAUUAAUUCAGUUGAAUAAAAAAUAAAGAAUGAUUAAAUUGAAAUAUCAAAUAACCCAUUGUUAAUAGAUUAUAAAAAAUAUAUAAUCUAAGUAUAUUUUAAAUAAACUACAACUAUUAAGAUGAAAAAUCNACCUAUAUAAAAAUAAGUAUUCCUUGUUACUCCUGUGGUUGUAAUAGGAUAACAUAAUAUGUAAAAUAUUGAAUGUGAUUUUUCAAUAUAUAAUUAUGAGAAUUCUCUUUAAUUACAAUCAGACAAUAAGAAUGCAAUUGAUUUAAAUAUUUCAGUAUUAAAGUGCAAAAAUAAAAAAUUAUUUUACUCAGUAAAAGCUGAAUUUUCUUAAAUUGUAGCUUCAUUCAGACAUGAAUCAAUAUUUAAUUUAAUGACAUAUCUACCAAAAAAUAAGAUACAACAAUUACCCUAACAAAAAAAAGAUUCUAUGUAUGGAUUUGAAAUAAAUGUCCCUGAAAUUAAAUUAAGUUACUUAAUAAACAAUUAAACACUCACUCUUAAAUCCAAAGGAAUUACAUUUAAAUAAAAGCCAACUAAAAUAAUCGAACUAAAAACAUGUAUUUUAGAACCUUUUGAAGAAAUUCAAUAUUUCGAUAAUCCUAUAAAAUUAAUAAUUAUUGUUUUUAAUUAAAUUGAAUUAAAAUUUUAAGAGGAAAAUUUACUUAGAAUAGAUUAAGGUAAUAUUAAUAACAAGAAUACAUGUCCAACAAUUUAUAUUGUUAUGAAAGAUAUAAAAUAAAUAAAAAAGGAUAGAUUUAAUGAAUUAGAAAACUUAUUUAAUUACAAAAAAUAAAAAUGUGACUUAAUAAUAAGUGGAUUAAUUCCAAAUUUAGAAUUAUAACUUUCCUAUAAUUUUCUUUAAUGGAUGAUAUCAUUAUAAGAAUAUUAAUAAAAAUUAAUAAGCUAAUAAACAUAGAAUCUAAAGAAAAAAUCAUAAAGACACUAUUACCAACUGAAAAUAAAUUAAGCCUGCAUUGGAAUAUAAGAUAAAUGUUUGAAUAAUUUAUUUUAUUUAGAACUUAAAACAGUAAAUAUAGUAAAAGUUAAAUCAAUUUUGAUUUUAAUACAAGAUAUCAUAGCUAUUGAUUCCUAAAGUCUAAUCCCUUAAAAUGGAGAGUAAAAGUAUAAAAAUUUUGAAUCUGCUUAAAUUAUUUUAUAUAGAAUGAAAAAUGAAAUUAAUUCAGUUGAAUAAAAAAUAAAGAAUGAUUAAAUUGAAAUAUCAAAUAACCCAUUGUUAAUAGAUUAUAAAAAAUAUAUAAUCUAAGUAUAUUUUAAAUAAACUACAACUAUUAAGAUGAAAAAUCUAUGUUUAAGAAUUCCAGAUUUUUAAUUUAAAUCUUUUAAAAAAAUGGAAGAACUUUUUAAUUAGUAUAAAGAAGUUUAGGAUUAGAUGGAAUAAAAUUGGCUUAGUAGAGCAUAAAUAAUUGAUGAGAGUAGUUUUGAAGAUUAAUAAAACAAUAUAAUUUUAGAAGAAGAUAUAUUUAUUGAUGUUUUUCCUAUAAAUUCAGUAGAAAUAUUCUCUGAUUAAAAUCACCUUUAAAAUUAAUUUGUGUAUUCUAACAGUAGAAUUUUACUUAAAGUUAAUAAUUCAAAAAUAUGUUCAAUUAUAGAAUUAGGUAAUAUAGAUAUGUACUUUAUUGAAUAAAAUAAAAUUGAAAAACAAUUUCCAUUAAUUUUAAAUGGUUUUUUUGAUAACAAAUCUCAUAUUUUAUAAUUUGGUUCUUAAUUAAGAAUAAAAAAUGUAAAAUAUAAAGAUGAGGAAAUUAGUAUAGAGUAAAUUAUAGGUAAUUUUAAAUAUGAUAUAAUACAAUCAAUUAUGUAGAUUACAAAAGAUUUGUCAAAAUUAAUACCUUAAAAAAAUAAAUAAGUUUCAGAGGAAUAAUACAAAAUUUCUUAAGAUUUCAAUUAAUAACUAAUUAAUUAGAAGAUUAUUGAUAAAAUUUAUGAAUUAAAUGUAGGAUAUAUAAGUAUAGAAUUAGAAUAAGGAGUAACAUAUUAUGAAAUUGAUUUCAUUUAUGAUGAUGAUAUUGAAUAGGAUGAUUAAUUUAAUUAAAGUUAAGAUUCAAAUAAAAUUUGUUUUAAUCUUACAAAAUGUUUUCUUAAAGUUGAGAUGUAUAAAGAAGGUCAAAUUGGGAUUCGGUAUAAAUCUAAUUUUGAGAUAUAAGAUAAAAUUGAUAAAUGUUAUCAUAAACUAGUUUUGUGUCCUGAUUUUUAGGAGUUUGAGUUUCAAGAUAAUUCUCCAUUAAAUUUUGGAUUGAUUAUAGAAAAUCAAGCAUAUACAGGAUUUAUUUCAAUGGUUCCUAUGAAAAUAUAUAUAUCUGGAUCUCUACUCUAGUUUAUACUUAAUUUCAUGUCUAAUAAUACAAUUAUUGAGUAAAAAAUUAACUAAGAUGAAAUAGAAAUAAUUUAAGAUGUGUUACCAAUUAUAUGGUUGAAAAGUUUAUAAAUAAAUUAAACUAGAUUAAAUAUUACAUAUGAUUCAUAAGGAUUAAAAGUUGAUGGUUUAUUAAAAGGAUUGUUAAAAAUAAGUUCAUUUUGUAAUUUAUAAAUAACUUUGAAGGAUACUGAAAUAUAAUGUAAAGGAGAUUUAAAAGAUGUUUAAUAAUAAAUAAUAGAAAAUAUUUAAGAAAGUUUUGGUUCAAAAUAUUAGAUUGCUGGAAAAGCUUUAUAAAGUUUGGAUGCUUUUAUUUAAUUAAAAUAUUUAGGCCAAGAAUUAUUGAAUUUAUUUAUAAGCCCUUUUGAAAAUAUAGUAGAAUCAUCAAGUAGUAGAAUAGAUUUAUCAUAAUCAUUAAAUGAUGUACUAUUAAAUUUAAAAAAUGGAUAGUAAAUGAUAUCAAAUUUCAACUUUUCAUCUUUGCCAAGUAGAUUUCUUAAAAGAUAUUGA